CUGAAAAAACGACAAUGGAACGGCGUCGUACGUAGAGAUUUGACGUCUUCAUCGUCUCGAAAUCCAAAAACUGAAGCUUUAGACACAUGCUGGUUCUGUAUCGAUUCCAAUUUCCAAAACCACCUUAUUCUUGUUAUCGUCACUACGUACCAACUAUUCAAACCCUAAAUUUGGUGCAUGCAUUUCUGUGUUGAGUGUUGGCAUUCGUAAUCUGAACUGUGAAAUUAAAGGGAGUGACAGUGAUAGAAGAUGUCGUGGCUGAGAUCUGCGAUGACCAAAGCAGUGGAGGUUGGGAACAACACCAACCUCACUCGCGCCGUCAGGAACUAUGCCGACACCGUCGUACAACACGCCGGCCAAGCCGUCGCCGAGGGCGCCAAAAUCCUUCAGGAUCGCAUUGCUGCUCGGAAUUAUAGAAGUGUUGCGCAGACAAUUAAGAGAUUGGAAGAAGCUGCUAUCACCUACAGGGGACCUGAAAGAGUGGAAUUGCUUAGAAGAUGGCUUGUUGUGCUUAAAGAGAUUGAUAAAUUGUCUCGAGCUGCGGAUGAAGGUAAAGAGAAGACUUUUGAGCAUCACCUUGGUGUUGAAGAGUUAAAAGAUAACCCAAGGAAACCAUCUCUGGUUCUUUAUUAUGAUAGUGAUUUUGGAGGUGAACCGUUAAAUUUCCGUGAUGUUUUUCUUCAAAGUCAGGCAUUGGAGGGUAUAACAUUAUCAAUGAUUAUCGAAGCUCCUAAUGAGGAAGAGGUUUCCCUUCUCCUGGAAAUGUUUGGGUGAGUUUGCCUGUUUCAAAUGGCUCAUGGUGAUUUGUAUACUGCUCUAGGCAAUUCUGUUUUUUUUUUUUCAGCUUUACAUGACAUUAUUAUAUAUGUUUUGCCCGUUUUUCAGGUGAAGCGAGAGGAAUUACUUCAGUUUGCACAGGGUGCCAUUGCUGGGUUGAAAAUUAGUUCUCAAGCUGUUAGAAUAGAUGCUGAAGCCUUUAGUCUUAAGAAAAAGCUCAAUAAGAUAACUUCACAGGGGACUGAAUACCAAGUUGAUUAUAAAUCUGCUGAGGAAACAAUGGCAACACUAGAGGCUUUAAAAAUAGCACUAGCACAGAUUCGGAUAUGCUCCAGGCUGGAAGGAUUAUUGCUGAAGAAAAAAGGUUUAACCAAUGGAGACUCUCCUGAUGUUCAUGCCCAAAAGGUUGAUAAGCUAAAGGUUUUAACAGAUUCUCUUGCCAACUCUGCUGCAAAAGCUGAAAAGCGUAUUUUAGACCACAGAGUACAAAAAGAGGAGGCAUUAAAAGUUCGGGUGGCUAAAGAUGGUGAAGUUAGUGAAAAGGAGAAGGAAUUGACAACUGAGAUAUCAGGACUCCAACAGAGAAAGGAAGAACUUGAAGCUGAAUUAAAAAAGGUUAAUACAUCUUUGGCUUCUGCUCAAGCACGAUUGUGGAAUGUGAGGGAAGAGAGGGAUCAGUUUGAGGAAGCAAACAAUCAGAUAGUUGAACAUCUGAAGACAAAGGAAGAUGAACUUACAAAAUCAAUUAGGUCCUGUAAUGUUGAAGCAGAUGUUAUCAAGACCUGGGUUAAUUUUCUCGAAGAUACUUGGGUUCUGCAGCGGUCAAAUGCAGAAAUUUACGAGAAGCAGGUCAAUGAUGAAUUGGAGAGCCAUGAGGACUAUUUUGUGAAUUUGGUCAUUCAGCUUCUUGCUGGUUACAAGAAAGAGUUGGAGCCUUCCAUCGACCAUAUUGCAACGUUCGUUGUGAACCUCAAGAAUCUAAGUCAAAGGUUAGAGAAGGUGGCCUCCAGUGGAGAUGAUGAGGAUACAAAGCUAUUAAGUCCAAGGAGAAAUCUUGAGGAGGAAUAUUUAAGCUAUGAAGCUAAGAUUAUCACCACUUUCAGUGUAGUGGAUAACAUGAAACAGCAGUUUUAUGCUCAACAUGAGAAAAUUUCGAGGAAAGAUGAAGAAAGAGUUAAAGAGCUUUUUGAUGCCAUUGAAAAAUUACGGACUAAAUUUGAGGCCAUUGAAAGACCAAAUCUGGAAAUUGAGAGCCCGCCUGAAAAGUCUGAAUCACCCCUUGCCGAGAAAAAGCUUGAUGAUACACCAGCUGCUUCAGCUCCAGCUCCGGGUACUGAGAUUUUAAAGACAGAAACAGAGAAACGGUCAAAAUCACCUUCAGCUAAGGGAGAUGAUAUAUUUGACCAUGAAGCGGAAUUAGCUAAGCUAGAAUCGGAGUUUGGAAAGGUUAGCCAAGACUACUCAGGAGAGGAGAUUGGUGAUUGGGAAUUUGAUGAGCUUGAAAGAGAAUUGUCCUCUACCAAGUAAUUAGGUGAAUCCUUUUGGACCUUAACGCUUGCUGUUGUAGUUUUAUAAUCAAACAUAUGCAAGUAUGAUAUGAAUUGUAAGCGUAUAUAUAGGUUGGCUGUUAAUGAACGUGCAGCAUGGUCAGAUUUCUUUGAAUUUGUAACAUAAAAACGUGCAUAAUUUCUUCAUUCUUCUGUAAAGUACUGAACUUUAAGUUAUAACUGAUUUGUCAGAGCUUUUUUCAGUGGGUCCAACUUAUUUCAGGACCUUGAUUGUCCA